CAGCGGUCGCCCAGGAGCCCUUCUGGGCGGACUUGCAGCCGCGCGUGGCGCUGGUGGAGCGCGGGGGUUCGCUGUGGCUGAACUGUAGCACCAACUGCCCGCGGCCGGAGCGCGGCGGCCUGGAGACCUCGCUGCGUCGGAACGGCACCCAGAGGGGGCUGCGCUGGCUGGCGCGGCAGCUCGUGGACAUCCGCGAGCCGGAGAGCCAGCCCGUCUGCUUCUUCCGCUGCGCGCGCCGCACGCUCCAGGCGCGUGGGCUCAUUCGCACUUUCCAGCGACCCGAUCGCGUGGAGCUGGUUCCGCUGCCUGCCUGGCAGCCCGUGGGGGAGAACUUCACCCUGAGCUGUAGGGUCCCCGGCGCCGGACCCCGGGGAAGCCUCACGCUGUCUCUGCUGCGGGGCACCCAGGAGCUGAUCCGCCGUGGUUUCUCCGGGGAGCCGCCCCGAGCGCGGGGCGCGGUGCUCACCGCCACCGUCUUGGCGCGGAGGGAGGAUCAUGGCGCGAAUUUCUCCUGCCGUGCCGAGCUGGAUCUGCGGCCGCACGGCCUGGGAUUGUUCGCAAACAGCUCAGCCCCUAGAGAGCUCCGAACUUUCGCUCUGCCGCUUGACCCCCCGCACCUCACCGCUCCCCGGCUCUUAGAAGUCGGCGCCGAGAGGCCUGUGAGCUGCAGCCUGGACGGGCUGUUUCCAGCCUCCGAGGCUGAGGUUUACCUCGCGCUGGGAGACCAGAGGCUCAGUCCUGAUGUCACCCUCCAGGGCGACGCCCUGAGGGCCACCGCCACCGCCACCGCCGGCCACGAACACGAGGGCACUAGGCAGCUAGUGUGCAACGUGACUUUGGGGGGCGAGAGCCGCGAGACCUGGGAAAACGUGACUGUCUAUAGCUUCCCAGCGCCCCGCCUGGCGUUGAGCGACCCUAACGCGCCCGAGGGGCAUUUGGUCACCGUGACUUGCACUGGCGGGGCUCAAGCGCGGGUCACGCUGGAGGGAAUUCCAGCGGCUGUCCCGGGACAGCCGGUCCAGCUGCAAAUCAACGUCACCGAAGACGACGACAAACGUGACUUCUUCUGUGAUGCCGCCCUCGAGGUGGACGGGGAGACGCUGAGCAAAAAUGAGAGCGCCGAGCUUCGCGUCCUGUAUGCUCCCCGGCUGGACGACUCCGGCUGUCCCAGGAGCUGGACGUGGCCCGAGGGCCCCGAGCAGACGCUGCGCUGCGAGGCCCGCGGGAACCCCGCACCCUCCGUGCACUGCGCGCGCCCGGACGGCGCGGCGCGGCCCGAGCGGCAGCGCGUGUCCCGCCAGGACGCGGGCACCUAUCAGUGUGUGGCCACCAACGCCCACGGCACCGACUCCAGGACCGUCACCGUGGGCGUGGAAU